UGUGUGAUAUUAUCAUUUAAAAGGACAUUAAUCAUCUGAUUUAAUGACAAACUCAUUAACAUGUCCUGCUGCAUCAGUAACCUUUAAGACCAUGUGUUCUGAUCCAGAAGCCUGAUCUAGACCCUGAUUCAGAAGGAUCAGCAAAAAACCUUCAGACAGCCUCUUCCUGUGAUGUCACUAAAUGUAACCAGGUGGUUUUCAAACACCUGCACAGCUGCUGCUGAUUUGAUGUGGAACCAGGAACCUGUUUGUGUGUGUGUGUGUGUGUGUGUGUGUGUUUGUGUGUUCUUGUACUAUUCAGAUUAUCUGUCUACGUGUGUGAGUGGAGGCUGAGAGGAACUUGGUGUGGACCUGAACUUUAUGGAAUUCAUGGAUUAGAGGGAUUUAAGUGUCACAGUAUAACAAACUGUCUGCUGAUCUCCUUUUGGUGAACCCGGUCUUGUCUUGUGUGAGCUGGAUCCUGUGGGGCUCCGUGUCAUGGUUGAAGAGGACUGGAACCUGACCUGGUACACCUCCAAACCAGACCUGACCCAGUGUUUCCAGCACACUGUCCUGGUGUGGUUCCCCUGUGUUUACCUGUGGACCUGUUCUCCGUUUUACCUGCUGUACCUGCUGCUCCGCUCCCACCGAGGUGUUAUUCCACUGUCCAAGCUGUGCUGCAGCAAGACGCUCCUCGGUCUCAGUCUGGCCUCCAUUGGCCUUCUUGAGAUGUUUUACUUUGUGGUGAAGGAAAACGACGAGACACACAAGCACCUUCUGAUGCUGCUGGGUCCGAUGGUUCGGAGCCUCACGCUGGUUCUGGCUGUUGUUAUAAUUCAGGUGGAAAGAAUAAAGGGUCUUCGAUCAUCCGUCCUCCUCUUCCUCUUCUGGACUCUUCUUGUUCUUUGCUCCAUUGUUCCUUUGAAGGUCAACAUCAAGCAGAUUAUUGAUCAGGGUUUUUCUUCAGACGCCAUUCGAUAUGUAGUGUUCUUCCUCUGUUUCUCUCUGCAACUCGCUGAACUCGUCCUCUGCUGCUUCUCAGACCGCAGAACACUGUCUGACAACGCUGCCCAGAAGAGAUGUCCCGAAGAAGACGCCUCCUUUCUGUCAAAGUUCCUCUUCUUCUGGUUCAGCAGUUUGAUGGUUAAGGGUUACAAAAGCCCCCUGCAGGCUUCAGACCUGUGGUCUCUGCGGGACCAGGACUCCUCGAACCAGAUCAUGACGGACUUGGAGAAUUUCUGGACUCAGAAGUGUAAACAGUUGCAAAAAGAGUCGCCCGGUUCUGAUUCAUCCCAGUCCUGGUCCUGGUCUCGGUCAGACAGUCUUUCAGGACCAACGGAGAAGACUCAACUGUUGAAGAAGGACCGCAAGGGGCGGGACUACAGUAUCUACCUCUUGCACGCUCUGGGGUGGAGCUUUGGCCUUUACUUCCUGUUUGGGAUCCUGUGUCUCCUCCUCCAUGACGCCUUCAUGUUCGCCGUGCCACAGGUGCUCAGUGCUCUCCUGGUCUUCAUGCGGGACGAGGACGCACCGGUGUGGAAAGGUUUCCUGUACGCCGUGCUGCUCUUCCUCUUGUCGUGUUUGCAGUCUGUUCUUAAUCAUCAGUACAUGUUUCACUGUUUCACGGUGGGCAUGAGACUGAAGACGGCGCUGAUGGGACUUAUCUACAGGAAGACUCUCCUGAUGAGCAGCGCGGCACGGAGACACUUCACGCUGGGGGAAAUCGUCAAUCUGGUUUCGGCCGACACUCAGAAGCUGAUGGACUUUGUGGUGUAUUGUAACAGCGUGUGGAUCGCUCCCAUCGAGAUCGCACUCUGCUUCUACUUCCUGUGGCAGCUCCUCGGCCCAGCGGCUCUUGCUGGGAUCACUGCCGUCGCCCUGACCUUCCCUCUCAACGCUGUUCUGGCUAAGAUGAGAGGCAAACUACAGGAGGUUCAGUUGAAGUUCAUGGACGGUCGCAUCAAACUGAUGAAUGAGAUCUUGGGCGGUGUGAAGAUCCUGAAGUUUUACGCCUGGGAGGAAGCGUUCCUGCGGAGAGUCGGCGUCCUGAGAGACGGAGAACUCGGAGCUCUGAAGAAAUCCCAGAUCCUUUAUUCGGUCUCUCUGGCUUCGUUUAACUCCUCCUCCUUCCUGAUCGCCCUGUCGGUGUUUGGCGUCUACGUGUUGUUUGAUCAACGAAACGUCCUGGACGCUCAGAAAAUCUUUGUGUCUGUCGCUCUCAUCAACAUCCUGAAAAGUCCUCUGAGUCAACUUCCUUUCGCCAUGAACACGACAAUGCAGGCCAUCAUCUCCCUCAGACGUCUGACUAACUUCUUGUGUCAAGAUGAACUGCGGCCCGACAACGUGGAGAAACUUCCUCACAGCGCAGGAGGAAACGCCAUCGUGAUCGAGGGCGGGGUCUUCUCCUGGUCACAUGACGACUCUCCGUGUCUGCAGAGCAUCAACGUGAAGGUGAAGACGGGUUCACUGGUCGCUGUGGUCGGACACGUCGGCUCAGGGAAGUCGUCCCUGCUGUCGGCCAUGUUGGGAGAGAUGGAGAGGAGGUGUGGCUUCGUCUCUGUCAAGGGUUCUGUGGGCUACGCCCCCCAGCAGGCCUGGGUCCAGAACGCCUCUGUGAAGGACAACAUUGUAUUUGGUGGUGAGAGGAAGGAGAGCUGGUACCAUCGUGUUCUGGAGGCCUGUGCUCUCCUGCCGGACCUGGACCUGCUGCCUGCCGGGGACGCCACAGAGAUCGGUGAGAAGGGCUUGAACCUGUCUGGAGGUCAGAAGCAGAGGGUCAGUCUGGCCCGGGCCGUCUACAGGAAGUCCGAUGUUUACUUGUUGGACGACCCGCUGUCGGCUGUCGACGCACACGUGGGACAACACAUUUUCGAUCGAAUCAUCGGACCCAGAGGACUCCUCAAAGACAAGACGCGAGUGCUGGUGACUCACGGACUCAGUUUCCUGCCUAAAGCCGACAUGGUCGUCGUGAUGGAGGACGGUCUCAUCUCUGAGAUCGGCUCCUACGCCGAGCUGAUGGACAGGAAAGGAGCCUUUGCCAAACUGAUCCAAAGCUUUAGGGGAAACGGGCGCAGAGAAAACCCCGCCCUCCAGGACAAGAGCAGCAGAAAGGCCGUGUCUCGUCUCAGUUUCACAGAUUGUGAUCUCUCUCAGGAGCAGCUGAUCAGCUGUGACAUGGGCAGUGCCAGUGUCCAGCAGAUGAACGACGUCGACCAGGAUCUGGACGUCGAUGACGUCGGUAAACUGACUGAAGCUGACAAAGCGCACACGGGGAGGGUGAAGCUGCAGAUGUACAGGGAGUACUUCAAGACCAUUGGCUUGACCUUCAUCAUGACCAUCAUCUUCCUCUGCGCCUUCCAGCAGGCCGCGUCACUGGCCUACAACUACUGGCUGAGCCUCUGGGCUGACGAAACGCCCGUUAACGGCACGCAGAGCAACCACGGGCUGAAACUGAGCGUGUUCGCGGCGCUGGGGUUCACUCAGGCGAUGGCCAUGUUCGGCACGACGCUCGCCAUCGCUCUGGGCGGGAUCGUGGCUUCGCGUCACCUCCACGCCGAUCUUCUCCACAGCGUCCUUCACUCGCCCAUGUCCUUCUUCGAGGUCACGCCGAGCGGAAACCUGCUGAACCGCUUCUCCAAAGAGAUUGACGCAAUUGACUGCAUGAUUCCCGACGGGCUGAAGAUGAUGCUGGGCUACCUGUUCAAGCUGCUGGAAGUCUGCAUUAUUGUGUUGUUGGCCACGCCCCUCACAGGACUGGUGCUCCUCCCGCUUGCCUGCGUGUACGUCUUCAUCCAGAGUUUCUAUGUGGCGACAUCGUGUCAGCUGCGGCGCCUGGAGGCGGUGAGCCGCUCGCCCAUUUACAGCCACUUCAGUGAGACGGUGCAGGGCGCCGUUGUUAUCCGGGCCUUUGGCGAACAGCAGCGCUUUGUCCUGGAGUCCCACCUCCGCAUCGACAACAACCAGGAAGCGUACUUUCCUCGCUUUGUCGCCACAAGGUGGCUCGCGGUGAAUCUGGAGUUUUUGGGGAAUCUGCUGGUUUUGGCCGCAGCCAUAUUUUCCGUGCUCGGCCGUGCAGAACUCAGUCCCGGCAUCGUGGGUUUGGCCGUCUCGCAAUCUCUCCAGGUCACUGGAAUCCUGAGCUGGAUUGUUCGCUCCUGGACUGACGUGGAAAACAACAUUGUCUCCGUGGAGCGUGUGAAAGAGUACGACAACACGCCGAAAGAGGCAGCAUGGACCCUCCAGGGCAGUUUUCUGCCAGAGUCCUGGCCGACCACGGGUACCAUCCAGUUUGAGGAUUAUGGGUUGCAGUACCGUAAAGGACUUGACUGGGCCUUGAAGGACAUUUCCAUCAACAUCCAGAGCAGAGAGAAGGUGGGCCUCGUUGGGAGAACGGGAGCUGGGAAGUCGUCCCUCGCAUUGGGAAUCUUCAGGAUUCUGGAAGCGGCAAACGGACGGAUCUUUAUCGAUGGCGUCAACAUCGCCGAUAUCGGCCUCCAUGACCUCCGAUCCAGAAUCACCAUCAUCCCCCAGGACCCUGUGGUGUUCUCUGGUUCCCUGAGAAUGAAUCUGGAUCCCUUCGACACCUGCUCAGACGAGGAGCUGUGGACGGCCCUGGAACUCGCUCACCUCAGCAGCUUUGUGUCGGAGCUGCCGCAGAGACUGAACUACCAGUGUUGUGAAGGAGGAGAGAACCUCAGUCUCGGUCAGCGGCAGCUGCUGUGUUUGGCUCGGGCUCUGCUGAGGAAGACCAGGAUCCUGGUCCUGGAUGAAGCCACGGCUGCUGUGGACCUGAAGACUGACCAGCUGAUCCAGUCCACCAUCCGCAAUCAGUUUGAUGACUGCACAGUCCUCACCAUCGCUCACCGCCUCAACACCAUCAUGGACUACACGAGGGUCAUUGUGAUGGACCGAGGCACCAUCGCAGAGAUGGACUCCCCUCCUGAGCUCAUCACUCUUCAGGGUCACUUCUACCAGAUGUGUGUUGAGGCUGGCCUCAUCUGAGAUCAGCUUCUUUUUGUUGUUGUUGUUUUUUUAAAAAGAAUGGUUGCUCAGGACUGUACCAUCUUCAACUUGUUAUUAUUUGUGCAUCUGUGUAAGAACAAGUAAAAUCCAGACAGGGAACUGCAA